GUACAUUAAAAUGAACGUUCAAGGUCGGUCGUUUGGUGUUUACAUAAUAUUGUAAACAGUCGUUGAUUGUAAAUAUGCGACGGAAACAUAGUAAUUGGACGUAUUUUCAUAGUUCGCGUAAUUGAAAAUAUUCACCUGGCAAUUAUAAUUCUUGGUUUAAUUCUUUAACUAGUUCCAUAUGAGAUAUUUGUGACGAUUCGAGAUGAGUUUCUCAAGUGACGAAGUAAAUUUUCUCGUGUACCGAUACCUGCAGGAAUCCGGGUUCCAGCACUCUGCGUACACGUUCGGCAUAGAGUCGCACAUCUCGCAGUCAAACAUCAAUGGAGCACUGGUACCCCCGGCAGCCCUGCUCAGCAUCAUCCAGAAGGGCCUGCAGUACACAGAGGCAGAGAUCACCAUCGGUGAGGACGGCACGGAGCAACGCACGGUGGAGAGCCUGUCGCUGAUCGAUGCGGUGAUGCCGGACAUCGUGGCCACGCGUCAGAACCAGCUCAACCAGCAGAAGCAGCAGGUGGCCAAGGACGAGCCCGAGGCUAACGGCGAGGAAGCCGCCCCGUCCAACCUGCCUCCAGAGACGAUGGAGAUAGACACGAGCAUUGAGAUUCCCCCCAACAAGGCGACGGUGCUGCGCGGCCAUGAGUCGGAGGUGUUUAUCUGCGCGUGGAACCCCGCCACGGACCUUCUGGCCUCCGGGUCCGGAGACAGCACGGCGCGCAUCUGGGACAUGAGCGACAACUCUGCGUCGCCCAACCAGCUGGUGCUGCGGCACUGCAUCCAGAAGGGCGGCACCGAGGUUCCCAGCAACAAGGACGUCACCUCGCUCGACUGGAACUGCGACGGCUCCUUGCUGGCGACCGGCUCGUACGACGGCUACGCCCGCAUCUGGACGACGGACGGUCGCCUGGCCAGCACCCUGGGCCAGCACAAGGGCCCCAUCUUCGCCCUCAAGUGGAACAAACGCGGAAACUUCAUUCUUAGUGCCGGUGUGGACAAGACUACUAUCAUCUGGGACGCAGCAUCGGGCCAGUGCACACAGCAGUUCUCGUUCCACUCGGCGCCGGCGCUCGAUGUGGACUGGCAGACCAACUCGAGCUUCGCUUCGUGCAGCACGGACCAGUGCAUCCACGUGUGCAAGCUGAACAUGGACAAGCCCAUCAAGUCCUUCCAGGGCCACACGAAUGAGGUGAACGCCAUCAAGUGGGACCCCCAAGGCAACCUGCUAGCCUCGUGUUCGGACGACAUGACCUUGAAGAUCUGGUCCAUGAAGCAGGACACGUGUGUGCACGACCUCCAGGCGCACAGCAAGGAGAUCUACACAAUAAAGUGGAGCCCGACCGGCCAGGGCACCUCCAACCCCAACAUGAACCUCAUACUAGCCAGCGCCUCGUUCGACUCGACGGUGCGGCUGUGGGACGUGGAGCGGGGGGCGUGCAUUCACACCCUCACCAAGCACACAGAGCCCGUCUACAGUGUCGCCUUCUCGCCAGACGGCAAGUUCCUGGCCUCUGGCAGCUUCGACAAGUGCGUGCACAUCUGGUCCACACAGAGUGGUCAACUGGUGCACAGCUACAAGGGCACAGGUGGCAUCUUUGAGGUGUGCUGGAACUCCCGUGGGGACAAGGUCGGCGCAAGUGCAUCCGAUGGCAGCGUGUUUGUGUUGGAUCUGCGCAAGCUCUAAGGGCAUCCAGGAAAUAUGCUGGCUUCGCACAUUUGGUUCGCGCUGAGACGAGCGACUAUUUGCAACUCAAACUACUUUGCAUGUUGUAUAAUGGUUGCCAGAUGUUGUCGGCUGAAAGACUUUAUAUUUUUGUAUGAGAAUUCGGUGAGUUUAUGGGAAUUCAUACCAUGAAAGCAUAAGUUCAACAGAUGAUUUGGACUGUGUGUGAACUUCUAAAGAGGCACAUACUUCUGGGACUAGUGUGAAAGCUGCAUAGUCAGAAGUUCCAUUAGCAGUAAUGGUUUCCAGUUCAAUUCAGUUACAAAAAACUCGCUGCCAUUGUAAAUAAAACUUUGUCUUAUAUAUUGAGCUUGUAAUGUUACGUCAUGAAGGAAGGUAGAUAUUAAAAUCUGUGAUUUUUUAGCAAUAUGAUUUUUUUUACACACAUUUAAUUAAUAUGAGGGCCACCUGGCCGGGCUUAUGAGAUAUAAAAGCGUGGAGGCGCUAAAGAUGACACUGGCUCACAUGUCUUUACAUGCUGGACAUCGAACUGGCAUGUAAUAUUUGUGUGGUUAAUAAACCUCUGUGGAAUUUUAAGCAGUAAUUAGGAGUGUGUGAAUAUUCGUAAAUACGACUACAUGUGAACAGCAAUAAAUCAACUUUGCAUUUGAAGGUAGAAUUUGCCAAAAAAAAAAAUGUUAUUAACUUUAAAUUUUUUGUGCCUAAUACAUCAAUAUAUUUAUAUUAACAUGUACAACAAUGUAUUUAUAAUAGGUAUGUUUAAUCCUAUAAAUUAAAAUGUACUGUCUUAAUUAAAUCAACACGUCCUGAUAGCUCGAAGGUAGAAUAUAAAUAUGACACCAUCUCCAAUGAAUCAGAAUGUUAGCAAGAAUGCCAACAUCUAACAAAUUUUUUAUGAAUUUUUCCUAUCAUUUGUAAAAUGUUAAAGUUGAUAUUCCAAAAUCCAUUUGUUUUGACUAUGACAGUUAAUCAAGGAGUUUUGUCUGUCACUGCUGUUUGAAGUUAAAAUAAAAUUAUAAUUCCCCA